GUUUAUGGCCAUGCCUGCCCAGACAGAGCUCGGCGGCAGCACCCGCUCCUGCGUGCCACACCGGCCCCACGUCAUGCCCGAGAAACGUGGCACAGUUACUGCUGGGGACACGCCCGGGACGGAGCUGUCCCUGCAGAAGGAGCAGCUGCAGCUCAAGAUCAUCGAGACAGAGGACGAGGCCGAGAAGUGGCAGAAGGAGAAGGACCGCAUCAAGAGCUUCACCACCAACGAGAAGGCCAUCCUGGAGCAGAACUUCCGCGACCUGGUGCGCGACCUGGAGAAGCAGAAGGAGGAGGUGCGGGCGGCGCUGGAGCAGCGCGAGCAGGACGCCGUGGACCAGGUGAAGGUCAUCGUGGACGCGCUGGACGAGCGGGCCAAGCUGCUGCACGAGGACAAGCAGACGCGCGAGCAGCUGCACGGCAUCAGCGACUCCGUGCUGUUCCUGCAGGAAUUUGGAGCACUGAUGAGCAACUACUCUCCACCGCCCCUGCCCACCUACCACGUCCUGCUGGAGGGUGAGGGGCUGGGUCAGUCGCUGGGCAACUUCAAGGAUGACCUGCUCAACGUGUGCAUGCGGCACGUGGAGAAGAUGUGCAAGGCCGACCUCAGCCGCAGCUUCAUCGAGAGGAGCCACAUGGAGAACGGGAGUGACCACCGCUACAUGAACAGUUACAACAGCUACAGCAGUGAAUGGAGUGCCCCAGAGACCAUGAAGAGGUACUCGAUGUACCUGACACCCAAGGCCGGAGCCCGGACGUCCUACCAGCCCGGGUCGCCCAGCCGCCUCUCCAAGGAGACCAACCAGAAGAACUUCAACAACCUCUACGGCACCAAAGGGAACUAUACAUCGCGCGUGUGGGAAUUCUCCUCCACCAUCCAGAGCUCUGAGGACUCGCCCCCCGUCCAGGGGAACUCCUCCUUCUCCCUGAAAGGCUACCCCUCCCUCCUGCGGAGCCAGAGCCCCAAGGCCCAGCCCCAGACUUGGAAAUCUGGCAAGCACACCAUGCUGUCUCACUACCGGCCGUUCUACGUGAACAAAGGCAACGGCAUCGGCUCCAACGAGGCGCCUUGAGCAGCCGUGCCCGCACCCGGCCCCAGCCUGCCCCCCGCUCUCGCCUGCUCAGCUCCUGCUCUCGGGCCUGCUCUACGCUGGACA